UCUUGGGCAGCCGGCGACGCUUGCUCUCGUGCUGUCAAUCUCGCUCUUCUUGUCCAAAAGGGUGAGAUGGGUCUCCCAUCCGUCUUGACCGCCAAGACCUGGGGCUUCUAUGAUGUCUUGUUCAAGGGUCGUCCAUUCGAGUUCCAACGCCCAUACGGACAAUACAUUAUGGAGAACGUCCUCUUCAAGAUCUCCUACCCUGCCGAGUUCCACGCUCAGACUGCCGUUGAAGCUGCUCACAUCUUGCAUGCCAAACUCAAGGAAAUGGGCAAGAGUGCUGCUGAUAUCAAGAAUGUCGUUAUUAGGACUCAAGAAGCUGCUAUCAGGAUUAUUGACAAGCAAGGUCCAUUGGAUAACUUUGCGGAUCGUGAUCAUGCUAUCAGCUACAUGGUUGCGUACCCACUCAUCUUUGGUGAAUUGACAUCGCAGAGCUACACUGACAAGUCGGCCGCCGAUCCACGCAUUGACGAACUCCGUGCAAAGAUCCGCUGUGUAGAAGACAAGAGAUUCAGCACAGAAUACCACGACCCCGAAAAGCGCUCCAUUGGAAACGCUAUCACCAUCGAGUUGAACGAUGGUACUAAGCUAGAUGAGGUAGAAGUUGAAUAUCCAGUUGGACACAAGCGAAGGAGACAAGAAGGUACACCAUUGUUGAUGGCCAAAUUCAAGAGGCAUAUCGCUCCUCACUUCGAUGCUGCCCAUCAGGAGAAGAUUCUCAAGACAGUCGAAGAUUCCUCGUCAUUGUCUCAAAUGCCAGUUGACAAGUUCACGGAUCUCUUUGUCAGGGCCUAA